GGCCUGUCUUUCCCAGGAGCAGAUGGCCCUGGCUGGGAUUGGGGUCAGUGAAUGUGCCCCUAUUGUCUCUGGAUGUAGCGUCGUGAGGUAGCCCAGAUGGCUUUUGGACCUUUAUGUCCUGUGGCUUUUUCCAUAGUGGGCACCGUGUGUUGUCUGGUCGCCAGGCGAUGGAGGAGUCUGCCUCUGAGAGCUGUGGCGCCAGCCUCAUCCGCACGAGGGGGUGUUUGGGGUUCCAAGGGGUGAUGCCCUCUGACUCUAGGGCGUACAGAAUGUCCAUGACCAAUGUCAACGGCGGACAGACGACCAGACAGCGACAGCCCCCUCUGACAAGCAAUGAAAUACCACGGAGUCUCGAGGUGAAUGAUUUCAAUAUCAACGUAGUGCCGACCAGCGGCAAAGUAAUUUUAGCACCAACCAUUGUCCGACUCUACCCGCCGCCUGUCAAAACGUCACACCUUCACGCCAACCUCCCGCUGCGCUUCGGCCGGGACUCCCUACCCGAUGACACCCACUCACCCAAAUCCACCCUCAAUUUACCGCAACGGUUUGGAAGAGCACAGGGGUCUGGCGCAACGGAACCGACGUCGUGUAUUGAGUGUCCCCAUAUCGGGACAGUGCCCUCCGCCACCCUGCCACAGAGGUUCGUCAGGAAAGAGUUCUACCGCCGGUAUCCUUUCCGAGCCAUGGCCUUUUUCUCACGCAGGUCCGAACCCGUGCCAAAUGGAAACAUUAGGCAGCAAGACUAAUUAUUAUGAUUUUGUCUCAGAGGAAGGUGAGACAGUGGAGAAGACUGAAGAGCUCAAGGUUGGAUUUACUCCGCUGGAACUUUUGAAAGAACUCUGUCUCCACAGAAGCACGUGCCGUUUUCACGACCUGGGUCGCUUAUAUUUUUUCCUAAUUUUUAUCUAGUAUGUAAUCUAUGAAUAUUGUUAAAUUGGUGGCAUAUUGUUAUUUAAUCAU